AUGCAUUAUGCGAAACAUGCUUCUAGGAGCGGCAGCCUGGACGAUUCCAGCCACGAGGGACUCGACAGACAGUCUCGAGUGAAGGCGUCCGACCUGGGAUUCGAGGUCCCCGACCACAUCCUGCCUGAUAUCAUACCGAUUUCGGAUCCAAAACUCGUCUACGCCAACGUCCAUGCGCAGCGUGACCGCCGCCUUCGCCUUCUGAUCCGUCGUUACACGAAUCAAAUCCAGCAUGGCUGCAGGAAUGUCAAUUGCACAACGCCCACGUGCUUGAGUUACAGAAAGAGGAACAGUACUGGACCGCUGAGGCGAUAUACGGAUCUCAGCGCCAGAACGCUAGCCUGCCAGUUGGUCGAAGAAUAUACACGUGGUGGCAAGGACUCGGUCGCUGGGCUCUGCCAGAAUCAGCCGGUGGUUCCCUGGUAUGAGGACCCCGACGUUACUAAGAGAAGGAGAAACAGCAUUGAGAAACCACCACAUCAGCGACGUGAGAAUGCCGCUGUGUCGAAGACUGCGAGCCCAACACAACGCACUAAAGAACCGUUGAAGGUGGGUUUACCAAUUGAGCAUCCGCCACAGAGGCCCUCGCAGGAUGGGGUCGUCCAGGCCGGGAGACGUCUUCGCACGCUUGAUAUUUCCAAGAACGACGAGGAUAUUGCCGAAGAGAUCACUGGGGUACUGAACUCGAUCUCCUGCGAUGAGUCUGGCAAUGCAGCCUCUGAACCGGGGACGGAUAUUCAUACCAACGAUGACAUCCACAGACAGAGUCCUGCCGAAGCGAAACCCAGAGAUAUUGCCUCCUUCACGCAGACGCUAUUCGACAUGCUGCCCCUGCGACUACUGAGUUGGUUGCCGGGAAGAGAAAGCCUUCAACCGACAAAACCUGCAAAGUCCGCAGACGAUUCCACAACGCAUCAGCAAGACAAUGUCGUUGCAGAUGAUGUACAUGCCGACAGCCCUCCCGAAGAGUCACAUAGUGUACCAGGUCAAAGUGCGGCUGCCCAGCAGGCCCGAUCGACGACGGAGGAGCACCAUGGCCAAGCAUACACUCUUCGAACGCUCACCUGGACCACUAUUCCCUGGCUUCGGUCAUUCCAGACAAACGACAACCUUGAAGCAUCACAUAAACAAUUCCUUGUCUUCCUGAAGCAGAGCUUUGUAUAUUGCUUCAGCGAUCCCGAGCGCCUCAUCCGGACCAUCAAGGAUCUCCAGGAGAGCUACGGCACAUCAUCAAUGUCAACAGGACCGAGAACAAAGUUUAUUGGACCUGCUUACGCGCACCCGAAGAUGGACUCACAGCUGAUGGCGCGGCCUGUCCUUGCGCCAUAUUGUCUUUGUGUAGCUUGGCCAAAGAUUAGAACAUAUACAGAGGCUGACAUGACCGCACUUCUGUUCAGCCUUGCCUUCAUUGAUUCCUUCAAGUACCGCGAGCUCAUCCUGAACAGCAUAUUCACUGCACUCCAGCAUUGCUACCGUCUGCCGUCCUGGUUACAACGGCGGCAAAGAAAGCAAAGUCGAUCGGCGAGUGGGAGUGCUGAACGAGGCUCAACAAAUCUGCGCGAGCUUCCCGAACCCCAUUCCACAUCAGAGUUGUUUCCGGACGACUUGGUAGGACUUACGGAGCUGCAGGACGAUGAAGAGCGACUUGCGCCACUGAACGACGCCCAGAUUGCAGAAUUGUGUCUGGUCGCUUUGGUGUUGAUUGCUUCCUUGGUGUUCGGUGGUCGCAGUACUCAAGCAUUUGGUGGAAAGGAAGCUUUUGCCGGGUUUACCUCGCUGCGGAACAGUGGUCUGGCACACUCCCGUUGGCCUAAAGCCCGCGCAGAUGCAAUCAGAGAUCGUGCCUCUGAUCUUGUGGGCUUGAUCAUUGAUGCCAUUGAUGUGUGCGAUGACUGGUCGGUUCUGCGCGUACUCGUUGCUACAAUGGACAUCAUCAGCCACCGUCUUACUGUGGCUAAAUGGGAAGCCAACAUGAACUGCAUAGAUUCGCCCAAAGCGAAGAAGACGGGCAACAAGACGAUUGUCGAUUUGCUGAUAGAUCGAUUUGACCGACGGACAUUGGGUGGAUGGGACCGAUUCGAGGAGAAGUCCAGCUGGAUUGGCACCGCUGUGGUCGAGCUCGUCAGGACGGUCAUGCUCAAGAACUGGGAUCGCCGCCCCAUCAUCCAGCGGACAGGCCCUGUUGGUGGUGCUCUGGAACUUUUGGCUGGCAUCUAUCGUGAAAGGAGGGAUCUCAAUCUCGAAUCGACGUCCUUUCACAUGCCUUUCAUUGCCGACAGUUUCGACGAGAUGGCCAUGCCCAUUGAGUGGAUGGCUUUCCGCGCCGACGCUCGGCAGAUGCAUCUACUCUCGUUCUCCUUUCUCUUCGAACCCGCGACAUUGGUACGGUACUUCCGAGCGAUCAACAUUGAGAUGAUGCGCAAAUCACACGAGAGCGCGACAAUGGUGUACAACGACACGAGACAUUAUAUGUGGGCUCCCGCAAUUCCGGUGUAUGAGGCGCGAGAAGUGUUGGCAAGCCUGCGACCUCACAUGGCAAAGUACUUUGUCCUCACCAUCCGAAGAGACGACGUCCUCAAUGACGCCAUCAACCAGAUAUGGCGACGGCAGCGGAGGGAGCUGAUGCGUCCUCUGCGUGUCAGGCUCGGCAAGGAUGAAGGUGAAGACGGACUCGAUCAUGGUGGAGUGCAACAAGAGUUCUUUCGAGUCGUGUUCGCCGAGGCCUUUCGACCCGACUACGGCAUGUUCACGGUGGACAGCACGACUAGAAUGACCUGGUUCCAGCCCGGCUCCUUUGAGCCACUUUACAGAUUUGAGGCUCUGGGUGUUUUGAUGUCCAUUGCCAUCUACAAUGGCAUUACCCUGCCCAUCACUUUCCCUCUCGCCUUCUACCGCAAGCUCCUGGGACUGAAAGUGAAAACCCUGGAGCACAUUUCAGACGGUUGGCCCGACCUGACCAGAGGUCUUAGAAGUUUGCUCGAGUGGACCGAUGGCGACGUUGGCGACGUUAUCGCCCGGACGUACGAAUUCAGCUACGAUCUCUGCGGGAGCACCGUAAGCGUGGACAUGCACAAAGUCGGUCACGACGACCCGUGGCCCCCAACACCGGUCGGCAGCAGUGCUCUCAGCAGCAGCAGCAGCAGUAGAAAAGGUCGAGGCAAAGGGAAAGGAAAAGGAAAAGCGAAAUCCACAUCCUUCGAGCUUCCCAUCGAACCAUCACUGACUCCACCCGUCCAACCCUGUUCGCCAGACUUACAUCCUACUGUGGUGCCUAUCCUCAACCGAACUCCUUCCAUGGACAUCAAAGGGAUGACGACGCCCUCCAGCAUCGACAGCGACCUACUCGAGGAGGAAGCCGCGCUAGUCACCAACGCCAACCGAGACCAAUACGUCAAAGACUACAUUCUCUGGCUGACGCAUAAGUCAAUCGAACCGCAGUUUGAGGCGUUCGCCAAAGGCUUCUACACUUGUCUCGAUCGCACAGCCUUGUCCAUCUUCACACCCGAAGCCUUGAAAGCCGUGAUCGAGGGCCAUCCGGAGAUCAACAUCGACGAGCUCGAGCGCACGGCCACAUACGACGACUACGAGCGACACUCGCCGACCAUUGUCAACUUCUGGCAUGUCGUGCGCAACUUCAGCCCGGACCAGCACAGACAGCUGCUCGAGUUCGUGACCGCCAGCGACCGGGUGCCUGUCAACGGCCUCGCUAGUAUCCAGUUCAUCGUGCAGAAGAAUGGGGACGAUGAUUCCAGGUUGCCUAGUAGUAGCACCUGUUACGGACGGUUGCUGUUGCCGCAGUAUUCGAGUCGUGAGAUCCUCGAGGAGAAGUUGGCCAAGGCUAUUGAGAAUUCUGUCGGGUUUGGAACAUUAUAG